CUAAUCUAUUUUCUCAAUGCGGAUAAAUGAUUAAACAAUGCCAUCAUCCAAAAAGUCGCUUUUGUUCCUGGUUUAUGUAUUAUGCACGUUCCGCGCUGCGCGCUCUGGGGACUUUGGAGACCCCAGACCCUGCUCUGGAUCACACUGUCCGGGGGGCAGAUCGUCCAGACCACCGCGACAGCACAAUCCGACAACACAGAGCAGAUCAGUAAAUCACCAUCAUGCUCCCUCCAGCUUUCCAUCGGAACAUCACGCAACGCUUUUGUCCCAGCGCGCGCGGUCUGGAGACCAGACGAGGGCAACGGUCCAGACGCGCGUCGCUGGAUUUGUUGGUCCUGUGUGCACAGACUGCGUUACGCCUCAAAGACCAGAUCAUGUUAUGAACGACACCAGAGAAUGUAAAGGAAUUGAGUGCCGUCUGCCUCUGAGGAUACGACCGAACCCCAGACCGAGACCCUGUGCUGGAGACGGGUGCGUGCUCGGGACCAGCCAGCCUCCCCUCAUCCAUGUGGCAGACAGAGCCGCUCAGUUUCUGGGGGAAUUUCCGGACAUUGGAUACCCCGCAUCAGAGAGUGGGGCUCCUCUGGGAGUUCAGCUCACUUGUGACAUCAAACCAGGAGAGAAUGAGGUCCCUGCCGAGGAUGCACUUAUCCUGCAUCUACAGCUGGCAAAGGGACAAGAGAAGCUGGUGGAGGCUUUGAGAGCUCAACAAGUAGUGAUCCGUGAUCUGCAGCAGAGACUGGGGGAACAGCAGGGGGCCCUCCUCUCCCAGCAGCGUGAGAUACUCGACCAGCAGCGCCGCAUGUACGAGCAGAUGGAUGUGGUGAAGGCUCAGUACGGUCUGCUUUCUGAGACCGUCAAGCAAUUCUCAUUCCAAGGCUUGCAAGGAGAACUGCAAAGCUAUUUUGAAAGCCACCUGGCCGGCCUGCAGAGCCAAGCACGUACCCACCUGCAAAAGUCCUAUGCUGUGCAUAAGGUAGAUGUGGAUGCCAAAGUGGUGAAUGUAGUUGGAGAUGCAGGGCACCCAGUGUUGGGCUGUCAAAUUGCUUGUGGGCCUGAAGAAUACUGCGACUUCCAGAAGGAUCCACCGCAGUGUGAAAGGUGCACUAUGUGUCCCCCUGGAUUCUUCCUGGUGUCACAGUGCUCCCCCAAUGCUGAUAGGAUGUGCCAGGACAGGGAUGAAUGCCUAGAAUUACCAAGCCUGUGUGGAGAGCGAGUAAAAUGUCUUAAUACCCCAGGUGGGUUUCGUUGUCUUGGUGUCUCUGAGAGGGAGAUGUCCGCAGGGCUGUGUGGUCAUGAGUACUUCUACAGUCAAGAACUUAAGGAGUGCCAGGCUUGUUCAGACUGUGAUGGCGAGCCUGUUGGCAUUCCUUGUACUUUCACCAGUGAUACUUUAUGUGGAACUGUGACUGAGAACAUGCUCUCACAGUCUUGGACGGCUUCGAUUGCCUUACCGCCUACAAAGUCGAAGAGUACUUCCAUCUAUCCAGGGCUACAGCUCAAUAUUCGUGGCAAAGCAGGAAACAACCUGUUGACCAACCAUGAUAAAACAUUUGGCAACAUUAAUGUCAUGUCUGCCUUCACUGUAAAACAUGUUAAAACCAAAGUAUAUGUUGGCCUUUAG